AUGCCCUCGGCCUUGCAAUUCGGUAAGUCAUUUUGCAUGUCCCUCAGUCUUUUCCGCAAUGGGCUUUGUCAUCGGACCAUAACGCCUCGAUUUUCCUCUAUCUCGUUGUUUUAAUGGGCCUCUUGACGCCGAUUUUGGAAGAAGUUACAUGCUUCACAUGCUGCAAACAUCCAAUAUCAUCCCUUGCUGGUUACUUUUCUCACUUCGCGACAUUUAUGAAAUUUUAUCUUAGAGACAGCCCUACAGGAAAUCAUAGAAAUGUGUUCGUCCAAAAGCAAAAAUAGGCGUACGAGUUGAUGUGUAAGCAAAUGCUUCUGCUUUACAUAAGGACAGUAGAUUAGGUAAAAUGUUUACUCUGGCAGUGAACUCAAUGAGCAAAAUAUAGGAGGACGCUGUAUUACCUGAUUUUUGUAGAUUAUCCGAUUCUUUUUUCACCUUUCGGAGUCCUAGUUUCAGUUUUGGGACUAAUUUUCGGCGUUUAAUCCGACUGACUAAAUGUCCUGGUUGGAAUCUUUGGUCCUGUAGCGUUUUGGAAGAAUACACUUAAAUUGUUCUUUAUAAGUCGCUGUCGCUGAAGAGAACGCCUCUGUUGAGAAGCGAUGGUGUAAACUGCGGGACGCAAUCCAGGCGACGUCACCGGCCAUCCUCAGUCGCGCACGCCGCCAACACCAGAACUGGUUGGACGACAACGAUGCCGUCGUCAGCAACCUGUUCGCCGAGAAAAACCGUCUGAACAAAGCCUACUUCGAACGCCCCACCGACAACAACAGAACGGCUUUCUACCAUAGUCGCCGCGACUCCGCGAGAUGCGGGACGCUUGGACGGCUCGCAAGGCCGAGGCCCCAUUUGUCUUCACUCUGGUCCCGCACGUCCACUCGCCGCAUGGGCCUAUUCGAUCACCUGCGUAUCAAUGACAGCGGAAUUUACCACAGUCUCGACACACCCAGCACCUCUUGCACAUCCACCAUGACUAGAUCAACCCACACCCCGUCGCCCAACGCCUAUUAUAUUAGCAGCUCAACCACCGACACCAUCUCCGAAACCGACACCCCCAACCUCUCCUCUCCACACUGCCCCCUCAUCGGCCUGGUCGGUACACUUGCAACUCCUUCGCACAGAGACUGGCGGACCAGCGCCUGGAGCAUCAACCUACAUCUGACGCAUCUGCUUCAACUGCCCUCACUGCACCCGCGCAUUUAA